AGCUAAACGCGUCGCGCAGACGGACCGUCAGCUAACAGUUGCUGGUCUGUACUCGCUGUGGUGAAGGACCACAAAUCCAGGUGCGGACGGCUGCGUCAUCGCCGGUGACGUCAGACGUAGGGCCCGUCUCCCAGUCAGUGCCGUGGUGCCAUGGCUGACGCCGCCUUAUCCCCAUCUACCGCCGGUCCUCCACAGUCGGACUCCGACACCAUGGCGGACAGCAACGCCAAGGGCUAUCUCCUAGCCAUCGUCGGCGAGGUCGACUCGCCUGAAGCGCUGAGAGCGGCGGCUGAAGCCGUCGGAAGAGGUAUUAAGGCAUGGCCCAACCCUGCCAUGAAGGAAGACGUCAGUACCGCCCUGAAGGACAUGAUGUCCCAGAAGCCUUCAGUCUCAGACGACAUUCAAGGCCAGCAAACCUUACAACACAGCAGUGACAACAUGGAGGCAGUGCUGCUGUUGAACCCCAUCUUGGACACAGUCAAGUCCGAGGUGAAGAACAUGCUGACGCACCAGGACAGGCACAAGCACCUCGUCUUUGGAGGCAAAUCAGCGGAGAACAGUGGAGACUGGGUCCUGCAAGACGGAGCCUUCUCCUUCCUGGAUCUGAUUGACUCGUGCAAGGAUCCUGAUGUCUCCACUGCGCUCACGUCUAUGGGUAGCCGACCGUGCUUAACCGUAAGCUGUGCACCAGAGGGAGAUUUCAAAGGAACGUCGUGUGCUACAAAGUCGUUAGAGCAACAGAUAGAGAUUCAACUGAACCCCAAACAGGACGAUUGUGACAUUGAGAGCACCGAGGACUUUGGUUGUUACCUGAUUGACACGACCAAUCUGGAAACACCUUUCAAUCUGCUGGAGCCUGCAAAGGCGAGUGGAUUCCUCAAGAUCAGUAAGCCAUCGCUGUAUGUAUUCCCUGCUGGGAAGGGAGAUGCUGCUUUCUUUGCUGUAAAUGGCUUCAACAUCCUGGUGAACGGUGGCUCGUCCCGGAAGGCCUGCUUCUGGAAGCUUGUGCGGCAUUUGGACAGAAUAGACGCUGUCAUGAUGACACAUGCGGGGACUGACAGCCUGCCUGGCAUGAACAGCUUCUUGCAGAGGAAAGUGGCUGAGAGAGACCUUGGGGAACCCAGCCCUGGCACAGACGAAUACAAUGACUGGCUCAGUAAAGUAAAGUCUCCCGAACUGGGAGUCUUUUAUUUCAAUGCCCCUGACAAGACAAAAGCUAACAACGUAGACUCCAUGGUCCUAACUAGUAGGGACCUUGGAUGUGACACCCUGGAGAAUCUGAAACUACUGGAUAUAAAACCCCACCAAUGCAUGAGAACGGACUCUAAAUCAGAGCCACUGACACUCUUCAACAAAGUGGGUGUCGGCAAACUGGACAUGUACAUACUGAACCCAUCAAAAGACAGUAAAGAGGUCAAAGAGAUGCUACACCAGUGGAGCAACAAUGCAAAGAAGUUUAGCUCUGCAAAGAUUGGUGUGAAAGUUUCUGGUAAAGAUGUUGACAUUCCUAUUCCUGACCUUACGUCUAUAGCUGCUCUACUAGUGUGGCAUCCUGCAAACCCUACAGAGAAGAUUGUUAGGGUUCUUUUCCCUGGAAAUGCCCCACAAAAUAAAAUCUUUGAAGGUCUCGAUAGAUUAAAACAUUUAGAGUUCCUGAAACAUCCACAUGCCUCCCAGAAGAUCCUUACAGAUCAAACUAAGCCCAAGAAGAGGAAAGUAUCAGAGAAAAAGAUUCAAGAGAAAAAGGAAAAGGAAAAGACAGAAAAAAAGGCUGAGAAAAAAGUAACAGAGAAAGUUGAAGAAAAACCUAAGACAAAGCCAAAGCCAAAGGCUGCUGCUCCUAAGAAGAAAGCAGCAAAACCCAAAGAGAAAAAGAAGGCUGCAAAGAAAGAUGUUGGUGCUGCUAUUGUAGCAACUGGUGCCAUUGCAGCAGCCACUGGAGCUACGGUUAUUGCAAUGGCAGCGGAUGAAGCUGCAGCUGCUCCUCCAGAGCAAGCACCACCCAAAGAAGAGCCAGCAUUUACUCCCCCAGAGGACCUUACCGCUGAGUUUGAAAAACAACGAACGGAAGAGACAGCUGAGGUGGAAGUUGCAGAAGAGGCAAUAGAAGAGAUGGAAGCUCAAAUCCCUGCAGAGGAGGAGGAACCACCUACAACAGAAGAAGAAAAGGAAAAAGGUGCAGAGGAACUUGAAGGCAAGCCAUCACCCGAUGAAGAACCUGAAGAAAAAAUCGAAAAAGAGGAGGAUAACAUUCCAGCUGAAAUCAUUGAAGAAACUAUUGAGAAAGAGGAAGAAAAAACUGUCCAAGGUGAAGAGGAAGUACAAGAAAAAGAAGAGGAACAAGAAGAUCAUCGUGAAAUCGAGGAAGCUGAAACUGCCACAACCACAACCACCACAGAAGGUCCUGAUGAACCUGAUGAAGAUGAUGAGGAGGAGGUUGAAGAGGAGGAGGAAGAGGAGGAGGAGGAAGGUAUAACUCCAACUGCUCUUGUGCUUCCCUCCAGCAUUGAAGCAAAGGCCAAGGAUGAAGAGGAAUCAGAUCAAGAGAUGGAAGAAGAGUCUUCUCCAGGAGAUGAGAGAGAAGGGGAGGGACACGAGGCAGACAUAGAGACCUCACCUGAAAUCAGUGAUGUGAUGCAAAAGGGAGAGCCCGAUGAAGAGAAGGGUACUCCUGAAGAUUCAGGUCUGCCUGAGGAAGGACGUCGGCCAGAAUCAACAGAGCUGACAUCAGGGGAAGAGGCUGAAGGAAAGGAAGUCUCUGAGGAUGAAGCCCUUGGUGCUCCGGCAGAGGAGGAACAGAAUGGAGAGGUAGGAUCUCCAGAUGAAGAAGCAAACUAUGAAAUAGUGGACUCUGCAGAACCACAAGCCUCCUCACCAACAGAGGAAGAGGUCAAGUCACCAGAAGACAAGAAGUCCCUUUCUCCUCUUUCAUCCCCUGAAAUUAUUACUAUGGAGACAGCAGAUGCUGCAUUUGCACCAAUUGGACUUGAUGUUGGAGAUGAAUUGGAAGGAAUUCCCUUCAGCAUCCCAUCUAGAGAUCAGCCAGAACAAGAACCUCAGAAAGAAAGCGAGGACAAAGAGGAGGAAGAAGAAGACGAGGAUGAAGAGGAUGAGACAACUCCAGUUUCUGAGGACAGAACUCCAGUAGCAGAGGACAGGACACCUGUAACAGAGGAGAAGACACCUGUUACAGAAGAGGCAGUUUCACCUGCAGCUGAAGAAGCUGGAUCACCCGAAAAAGAACACAAGGAGGCAAUUGAAUCCCCCAAACCUAAGCCUGAUGACAUUGACAUCUCCCCAAUUGAACAGGUGCAGGAGUUUGAGCCAAUCAAGUCAGCACCCCCUACAACAAAGACUUAUGAAGCUGAUACAUCUGAUGCUGAUGCACAGUACCUUGCUAAAUGGGAAACCCUGAAUGAUGUUAGCCCAUCUGCUGCCCCAGAAUAUGCUGCCCCAGUUGCUAUUGAAAUUGAAGAUGGAGAAGAUAGUGAUGGUGAGGAAAAGGAAACUCCAACUACUGAUAAAAUGAAAUUGCUGGAAGAUCUUGAGGAAGAGGAUGAAACAGAGCUUGCUGAAAUAGCAAAGUCUCCAGAGACAGUGGACACCUCUGGUAAGGCUGCAAUCCCAGUGACUACUGAGGAUUCGGAAGAACCAACAAAGAAGGAAGACAUCACUGAGGUGACUAUGACAGUGGAGAUUUCAGUACAGGAAAAACAUGAAACUGAAGAGGUUGUUGAGAAGGUGGACGAGGAAGAAGCAGCAUCAGAAGAUGAUGAAGCAGAGGACAAGUUAAAAACAGCGGCAGAAGUAGUAACAGCUCUGGUUGAUACAGAAAAACAACUCGAACCUUCAUCUGAAGAACCUGAACCUCAAACAGCAGCAGAAGUCACAUUUGCUUUGGUUGAUGCUGAGAAAGAACAGAGUCCUGUUGCAAACGUAGAAUUUAAAACUGCAGCUGAAGUGUCGACUGCUCUGGUUGAAUCGCAGAAUGUACAAGAACAAGAGGCAGAGGUGGACCUCAAAACUGCUGGUGAAGUGGUUACAUCCCUGGUUGCCUCUAAAAUGGAUGAGGAGGAGCCUGAGGUAGAUGUCGAAUUGAAGACAGCUGCUGAAGUAAUGACAACUUUCACAGAAAUGCAACAACAACAAGAUGAGGAAAGGGCAGAAAAAGUAGAUAUCAAACCUGUUGCUGAGGUUGCUACAGCCCUUAUAGAGGUAGAAAAACAACAAGAGGCAUCCCUAGUACCUUCUGAAAUGGCAUUAGAUGACAAGCCUGAAGCUGAGGAGGCAGGAAAACAGGAAGAGCCAGAGGUCGAUUUGAAAGCUGAUGCUGAGGUUGUGACAGCUGUGAUAGACACACAGAAGGCUGUUGAGUCAGACACAAAAGUGGAAAUGCCAACUGCUGCUGAAAGCCAACCAACAGAAGAGGAGGCUGAGGAAGCGCCUUCAGAGGACGAGCAAGAGGCAGGUGAUCAUGUAGAACUUGAGACAGCUGCCAAUGUUAUAACUGCCCUGGAAGACAUCAAGAGGGAGCAUCCUGAAGAAGUUGAUGUAGACUUUAAGACUGCUGCUGAAGUUGUCACAGCCCUUGAAGACGCACAAAAGGAACACCCAGUAGCUGAAGCCGAGGUGGAACUGAAAACGGCUGUGGAAGUUGUUACCGCUCUUGAAAGUGUAAAAACUGAGGAGACAACAGAACCUGAAGCAGAACAGCAAGCAGAAACUGAGGUGGAAUUCAAGACAGCUGCAGAGGUUGUAACUGCCUUUGAAAGUUCAAAAACAGAAGAGCCAACAGAAACUGAGGUAGAUCUGAAGACUGCCGCAGAGGUUGUUACCGCACUUGAAGGUGUAAAAACAGAGGAACCAACAGAACCCGAAGCUGAGGAACCUGAAGAAACUGAGGUAGAUCUCAAGACUGCCGCAGAGGUGGUUACAGCUCUUGAAGUUGCAAAAACUGAAGAACCAACAGAAACUGAGGUAGAUCUGAAGACUGCAGCUGAGGUGGUUACAGCACUUGAAGGUGUAAAAUCGGAGGAACCAACAGAACCCGAAGCUGAGGAACCUGAAGAAACUGAGGUAGAUCUGAAGACUGCUGCUGAAGUGGUUACAGCACUUGAAGGUGUAAAAACCGAAGAAUCAGAAGAAACUGAGGUAGACCUCAAGACUGCCGCAGAGGUGGUUACAGCACUUGAAGGUGUAAAAACAGAGGAACCAACAGAACCUGAAGCUGAGGAAUCAGAAGAAACUGAGGUAGACCUCAAGACUGCGGCAGAAGUAGUCACAGCUCUUGAAGUUUCAAAAACUGAGGAACCAACAGAAACUGAGGUAGACCUCAAGACUGCCGCUGAAGUGGUUACAGCACUUGAAAGUGUAAAACCUGAGGAAUCAGAAGAAACUGAGAUAGACCUCAAGACUGCUGCAGAGGUGGUAACAGCACUUGAAGGUGUAAAAAUAGAGGAACCAACAGAAUCUGAAGCUGAGGAAUCAGAAGAAACUGAGGUAGACCUCAAGACUGCCGCAGAAGUGGUUACAGCUCUUGAAGGUGUAAAACCUGAGGAGCCAACAGAAAUUGAGGUAGAUCUGAAAACUGCUGCUGAAGUUGUUACAGCACUUGAAGAUGUUAAACCUGAGGAACCAGAAGAACCGGAAGCAGAACAGCUGACAGAAACUGAAGUGGAACUCAAAACUGCUGCAGAGGUUGUCACUGCUCUUGAAGAUGUAAAAACUGAGGAAACAGAAGAAACUGAGGUAUACCUAAAGACUGCUGCUGAAGUUGUUACAGCACUUGAAGGUGUAAAACCUGAGGAACCAGAAGAUGAAGUGGAACUUAAGACUGCUGCUGAGGUAGUCACAGCCCUUGAAAGUGUAAAAACGGAAGAGGUAACAGAAACUGAGGUAGAAUUCAAAACAGCUGCAGAGGUUGUAACUGCCUUUGAAAGUUCAAAAACAGAAGAGCCAACAGAAACUGAGGUAGAUCUGAAGACUGCCGCUGAAGUGGUUACAGCACUUGAAGGUGUAAAAACCGAGGAAUCAGAAGAAACUGAGGUAGAUCUCAAGACUGCUGCAGAGGUUGUUACAGCACUUGAAGGUGUAAAACCUGAGGAACCAGACGAACAUGAAGCAGAACAGCCUGCAGAAACUGAAGUGGAACUCAAGACAGCUGCAGAGGUCGUCACAGUCCUUGAGAGUGUAAAAACAGAAGAGCCAACAGAAACUGAGGUAGACCUUAAGACCGCCGCAGAAGUUGUGACAGCCCUUGAAAGUGUAAAAACAGAAGAGCCAACAGAAACUGAGGUAGACCUUAAGACUGCGGCUGAGGUAGUUACAGCACUUGAAGGUGCAAAAACAGAAGAGCCAACCGAAACCAAGGUGGAGCUGAAGACGGCAACAGAAAUCGUCACAGCUCUGGAGGGCGCGCAGACAGAACAGACCCUCAAAACAGAGGUGGAAUUCGAGACAGCUGCUGCUGUUAUAACUGCACUUGUAGAGGUUGAGCAGCUGGCUGAGAUUGAGGUUGAGGCUGCCCAUCUGGACCAGCAGGAGGAGGUGACAGCAGAAGAAGUAGAAGCAGUGUCUCGAAAACACCCUAUGCCACUGCCAAUGGAAACAGAAAACGGAGAAUCACCAGAACCGAUGGACACCAAGGAGGAAAGUCCUGAGCCCAUGGAGACUGAAGCAGCAGAGGCAGAGGAAGCUGCAGAAAAAGAUGAAUUUAUGCCACCUGCAGAAAUUGCACAAGUGGAGCUUGUAGCUGCAGCUGACAUGCAAGCUCCAGUGUCAAUGGAAGCACCUGAACCUCCACAGAAAGUAACUGCAUUGGAAAAGCAGCUUCCAGGCGUCAAGGAGGACAAACCUCCACAAAAAUCACCAACUACUGAGGAGACCAAAACAACAGUGAAGGUCGAUGCUGGAGUUGCGGCUUCUGCCAUCGUAGGGGAUGCAGUUUGGGCUGCUACCCAGGAGAUUAUGCUUGAACAAGCUGAAGAAUCGAAGUCUUCACCAGUGAUGGACUACCUGGAACAACAGGAACUAAGCAAGUCCCCAGUUACACCAGAGACAGAAGAGUUUGACGAUCAGAAGCAGGAGGCUUCAACAGACGAGGAUGAUCUUGAGGAGCCAAAGGCUGCACAUAAAACUGCAUCAGCGAAAGAAGAAGAAGCUAAACCUGAAAUAGCAGAAAUGGAACCUGCUAAAGAGGAGCAACCAUCUGAAGAGCCUAAAGUUCGAGCUACAGGGGAACCAACUGAAGAGCCUGAUGUUGAAGCUAGAGAGGAACCAACUUUAGAGCCUGAAGCUAAAGAGGAAUCAACUGAAAAGCCGGAAGCUAAAGACGAACCAACUCCAGAGCCUGAAGCUAAAGAGAAACCAGCAGAAGAAUCUGAUGUUGAAACUAAAGAGAAAUCAACAGCUGAGCCUGAUAUUGAAGCUACAGAUGAACUAACUGAAAAGCCUGAAGCUGUAGCUAAAGAGGAACCAAUAGAAGAGCCUGAAGCUGAAGCUAAGGAGGAAUUAACAGCUGGCCCUGAUGGUGAAGCUAAAGAGGAACCGCCAGAAGAGCCUGAAACUAAAGAGGAACCAAUUAAAGAGGACAAAGUUGAAGCUAAAGAGGAACCAUCUGAACAUGUUGAAGCUAAAGGGGAACCAACUGAAGAGACUGAAGUUGAAGCUAAAGAGGAACCAACUGAACAGCCUGAACUAAAAGCUAAAGGGGAACCAACAGAAGAGCCUGAAACUAAAGACCAACCAACUAAAGAGCCGGAAGUUGAAACUGAAAUGGACCAGCAGAGGAGGCUGAAGGUAAAGCUAAAGAGGAACCAACUAAAGAGCCUGAAGUUGAAGCUAAAGAGGAGCCAACUAAAGAGCCUGAAGUUGAAGCUAAAGAGGAACCAACUGAAGAGCCUGAUGUUGAAGCUAGAGAGGAACCGACUGCCGAGGUUGAAACUAAAGAGGAACCAUCUAAAGAGGCUGAAACUAAAGAGCAACCAACUAAAGAGCCUGAGACUAAAGAGGAACCAACGGAAGAGCCUGAAGUUGAAGCUAAAGAAGGACCAACUAAAGAGCCUGAAGUUAAAGCUAAAGAAGAACAAACUGAAGAGCCUGAAGUUGAAGCUAAAGAAGAACCAACUGAAGAGGCUGAAACUAAAGAGGAACCAACUGAAGAGGCUGAAACUAAAGAGGAACCAACGGAAGAGGCUGAAGUUGAAGUUAAAGAAGAACCAACUGAAGAGGCUGAAACUAAAGAGGAACCAACUGAAGAGGCUGAAACUAAAGACGAACCCACUGAAGAAACCAACUGACGAGGGUGAAGUUGAAGCUAAAAAGGAACCAACUAAAGAGCCUGAAGUUCAAGUUAAAGAAGAACCAACUGAAGAGGCUGAAACUAAAGAGGAACCAACUGAAGAGGCUGAAACUAAAGAGAAACCAACUGAAGAGUCUGAGACUAAAGAGGAACCAACGGAAGAAGCUGAAGUUGAAGUUAAAGAAGAACCAACUGAAGAGGCUGAAACUAAAGAGGAACCAACUGACGAGCCUGAGACUAAAGAGGAACCAACUGAAGAGGCUGAAGUUGAAGCUAAAGAAGGACCAACUAAAAGCCCUGAAGUUGAAGUUGAAGCUAAAGGGGAACCAACAGAGAAGUCUGAAGUUGAAGCCAAAGAAGAACUAACGUUAAAGGUUGAAGUUGAAGCUAAAGAAGAACCAACGGAAGAGUCUGAAACUAAAGACAAAGCAAAGGAUGGGCCAGGAGUUGAAGCUAAAGAAGAACCAAUGGAAAAGCCUGAAACUACAUAUGAACCAACAGAAAAGCUUCAAGGUGAAGCUAAAGAAGAAUCAAUUGAAGAGUCUGAUAUUGAAGCUAAAGAGGAACCAACUGAAGAGCUCGAAACUAAAGAAGAACCAACUGUAGAGCCUAUAGUUGAAGCUAAAGAUGAACCAACAGAAGAGACUGACUCUAAAGUAAAACCAAGAGAAGAAACUGAAGUUGAAGUUAAAAAGGAGCCAGCUCAAGAAAGUGAAGGUAAAGAAAAACCAACUGAAGAGUCUGAAACUAAAGAUGAACAAAUUAAAGUGCCAAAAACUAAAGAGGAACCAACGGAAGAGCCUGAAGUAGUUGAAGCUAAAGAGCAACCAACUAAAGAGCCUGAAAUUAAAGCGGAACCAACAGAGGACCCUGCAGUUGAAGCUGAAGAGCAACCAGCGAAAAAACCUGAGGUUGAAGCUAAAGAGAAACCAACUGAAGAGCCGGAAGCUAAAGAGGAACCAACUGUAGAGCCUGAAGUUGAAGCUAAAGAGGUACCAACAGACGAGCCUGACGUUGAAUCUAAAGAGGAACCAACGGAAGAGACUGAAGUUGAAGCUAAAGAGGAACCAUCAGAAGAGGAUGAUGUUAAAGUGGAACCAACUAAAGAAGCUGAAGUUGAAGCUGAAGAGAAACCCACGAAAGAGGCUGAAGGUGAAGCUAAGGAGGAACCAACCGAAGAAGCUGAAACUAAAGGGGAACCAACAGAGGAGCCUGAAGUUGAAGUUGAUGCUAAAGAGGAACAUAUGGAAAAGCCUGCGGUUAAAGCCAAAGAGCAACCAGUCGAAGAUCCUGAAAUUAAAGAAGAACCAACAGAAGAGCCGGAAGUAGAAACUGAAGAGGAACCAAUAGAAGAGCCUGCAGUUGAAGCUAAAGAGGAACCAUCAGAAGGGCCUAAAGAUGAAGCUCAAGAGGAACCAUCAGAAGAGGCUGACGCUAAAGAGGAAACAACUAAAAAAUCUGAAGUUGAAGCUGAUGAGAAACCCACUGAAGAGGUAAAAGGCAAAGCUAAAGAAGAUCCAACUGAAGAGGCUGAAGGCAAAGCUAAGGAGGAACCAACAGAAGAGGCUGAAACUAAAGAGGAACCAGCUGAAGAGGCUGAAACUAAAGAGAAACCAAAAGAAGAAGUUGAAGCUAAUGAGGAACCAUCGGGAGAGUCUGAAGUUGAAGCUAAAGAGGAACCAUUAGAGGAUGAUGACGCUAAAGUGAAACCAACUAAAGAAGCUGAAGAGAAACCCACUGAAGAGGCAGAAAGUGUAGCUAAAGAGGAACCAACUAAAGAGGCUGAAGUUGAAGCUAAAGAGGAACCAACUGAAGAGGCUGAAACUAAAGGUGAACCAGCUGAAGAGGCUGAGACUAAAGGGAAACCAGCAGAAGAGGCUCAAACUAAAGAGAAACCAACAGAAGAGGCUGAAAGUAAAGAGAAACCAACAGAAGAGGCUGAAAGUAAAGAGAAACCAACAGAAGAGGCUGAAAGUAAAGAGAAACCAACAGAAGAAGUUGAAGCUAAAGAGGAACCAUCGGAAGAGUGUGAAGUUGAAGCUAAAGAGGAACCAACUGAAGAGGCUGAAACUAAAGAGAAACCAACAGAAGAGGCUGAAAGUAAAGAGAAACCAACAGAAGAAGUUGCAGCUAAAGAGGAACCAUCGGUAGAUUCUGAAGUUGAAGCUACAGAGGAACUAACAGAACAGACUAAAGCUGAAGAGGAGGAACGAGUGGAAGAGGCUGUUGUUGAGGGAACUAUGAUAGCAACUAAAGCAUUGGAGGUGGCAGUGGUAUACAAUUGCAAACCAGUUGCAGAGGAAACUCCUGAAGAACCAAAAGGUGUAGAGAAGGAAGAGACAACUGAACAAUCAGAGGUUGAAACAAAGGAGGAGGCAACAACUGAACAGCCUAAAGAUGCAUCAACGGAAGAAACAACUGAACAGCCUGAAGAUGUAACAACUAAAGAAACAACUGAACAGUCUGAAGAUGUAACAGCUGACAAAACAACUGAACAGCCUGAAGAUGUAACAACUGAAGAAGCAACUGAACGGUCUGAAGAUGUAACAACUAAAGAAACAACUGAACAGUCUGAAGAUGUAACAACUAAAGAAACAACUGAACAGUCUGAAGAUGUAACAACUAAAGAAACAACUGAACAGUCUGAAGAUGUAACAGCUAAAGAAAAAACAGAACAGCCUAAAGAUGUAACAGCUGACGAAACAACAGAACAGCCUAAAGAUGUAACAGCUGACGAAACAAUAGAACAGCCUGAAGAUGUAACAGCUGAAGAAACGACUAAACAGCAUGAAGAUGUAACAACUGAAGAGGCAGCUGAACAGCCUGAAGAUGUAUCAACUGAAGAGACAACGGAACAGCCUAAAGAUGUAACAACUGAAAAGGUAACUGAACAGCCUGAAGAUGUAAAAUCUAAAGAGGCAUCUAAACAGCCUGAAGAUGCAACAACUGAAGAGACAAUUGAACAGCCUAAAGAUGUAACAACUGAAGAGGCAUCUGAACAACCUGAAGAUGUAACAACUGAAGAGGAAGCUGAACAGCCAAAAGAUGUAACAACUGAAGAGGCAUCAGAACAGCCUGAAGAUGCAACAACUGAAAAGGCAACUGAACAGACUGAAGAUGAAACAACUGAAGAGGCAACUGAACAACCUAAAGACGUAAAAUCUGAAAAGGCAACUGAACAGCCUGAAGAUGUAACAACUGAAGAGGCAGCGGAACAGCCUGAAGACGUAACAACUGAAGAGGCAGCGGAACAACCUGAAGAUGUAACAACUGAUAAAGCAACUGAACAGCCUGAAGAUGUAACAACUGAAAAGGCAACUGAACAGCAAGAAAGUGAAACAAAGAAAGAAUCAGCUGAUGCUGAUCAGUCAGAUAUUGAAACAAAAGAUGAACCAUCAGUAGGUAAAGCAGGUAAAACUAAGGAGGAAACAGCUAAGGAACCUGAAAUUGAAUCAGAGAAAGAAAAUGAAGCUAGGGUUGAGCCAAAAGAGGACCAAGUUGAACAGCCAGAGGUUGAUAAAACAGAGGAACCUAUUGAAGAGCAAGCUGAGGAAGAAACAACUGAAGAGCGCAAAAUUAGAAAGGAGAAACAAAAUGAAGAGCAUAAAGCUGAAGCAAAGGAGGAACAAUCUAAAGAGCAAAAGGAUGAGCCAACUGAGCAAAGGGUCGAAACAAAAGAGGAAUCGACUGAAGAACAAACAACAAACGAAGAACUAACUGCAUCACCAAACCUUGAAACAAAAGAAGAACCCCCAGGAGAGCAAGAGGUUGAAACAAAGGAAGAACCUGCUGUAGAACCAGAUGUUAAAGCAAAGGAAGAACCGACUGAAGUGCAGACAACACAGAUGUCUUGCCAAUCCAUAGAUUUAACACAACAAGUGCAAGAAGAUCGAUCGCUAAGUGACCCUUCUGAACCAGAUUCUAUAGAAGACAGAUCACCAGAUGUGCCUGUUACAGCUAAAGAAGCAAAAGUGGAACCGAAAGAACAGGAGAGCCCUAUCGACGGCCCCUACUCUGAUAGCCUAGAAAAGGAGACACCAACUGAAGAUGCUCAGGUUUCAAAGGAAUAUGCCAUGAAUGGUGCUAUAGCAGGAGAACCCGUCUCUGCCACUGAAAAGAUAAACAUUCCAGUAGAAGAUGCCAAAAGCUGCUCAGAAACAGGAACAGAAAUCCACCCCAUAAGACAGACAGAUGAAACAUUGGAAUCUGAUAAAGGCAAUCAAGAGUUAGAACUUGUAGAAGAUGCUGAGAUGAUAAGUCCUUCUUUAGAGCCAUACACAACUCCUCCUGAAGAUACACCAUCCAGAGAUACAUCAAUGGAAAUGUCUGAGGAGGACACGGACAGUAAUGAACAAACUGCUCCAAUCGAUGAAACAACAGAAAGGUCAACUAAAAAAAAGCGGAACAAUUUUUUAGGGGUGGUCGCAGAGGGUGCACUCUUAGCUAGUCAACUUGGGGACAAGGACCAAGAGGAAGAAGUGGAGAGUGAAUCUUCUGCAGUUGCACUCGUAGAUGACAAAGGAAGACCGCCAAUGCCUGAACCACAGACCGAUGAUGUAGACGACCAGCUUGGGGCCGCGGGUGGGGAGUCCCCCCAGGGACACCCCCAGACUCCCUCUCCCACAGACGAACAGUACGACAUCAUCUCUCCUACCAAGGAAGGCAUCCCCCCUCCACAUGAGGUGGACCAAUAUUCACCUGGCUUUUCUGGCAGGGCUGUGAAUGGAGAUGUCUCAGAUGAGGAGAAAGAUGAUGAAGAUACUGAAAAAGAGAAGCAUUGUGACGAGCAAGCAGCCUCUGCAGCCCCUAUGGCAGACGGACCGACAGAGGUGCACACGCCCUCCCCCAUGGAGGAGCAGCCAACACCACCUCACACACCAAGAACACCUGACGAGAGGGAACGCUUCCCAAGAUACAUCAACCCCAGCCCCAGUCUGUUAGCCUACGACUCUAAUGGAAACAGUAGUCCUGACCAGAACCAGACCCCAUCCCCUCCAGAAGUUGGACAAGGUCUUUGUUCACAGACAUAUGCUAAACUAAGGUGGCAGAUGCUGACGAUGUAUCUGUUUGCAGGAUUUGCUGGAGCCAUCGCCUGUACUGACGAGCAGCACGUCCUGCCCUGA